UAAGAGACACAUUUGUGUAUAGAAUUAUCACACGUUUCGAUAAACGUUGCACUUUGUCACUCAAAUACAGAAAUGAAUAUUACAAUGGCGUCUGUCGUUUACUUGAAGCGCGUCUAUAGAUAGUCCGUCAUCCUUUUCUUACAUAUAUCGACGCUGUUCACAGAGACACUGCUUUCAUCGACGAAUGAUCUUUUACGAGCAGAGUAGACUGAUAAGAAAUAUCCCCCGUUACCUUCACACUUUAUGUUUUGGAGUUUCUCUUUCGUGUGGACAAUUAGCCGCGCUUUUAAAUUUUCUUUGAAAAUGUUAAGUUAUUUCGUUGGAAAUAUCGCAAUAGUACUGCUAUGCUGACUUAUUGUACUUUUGCGCUAUUUUGAUUCAGAUAAACCUUGUGAUGAAAUUAUAACAGAAGAUGUUCACGACGAAUACUGUGCAAGCCGGCAGUAUUCCGACUCUGCAGUAUCAAGAGCAUCCAACUCAAAAAUCACAAGGCAAAAACAUGGAAAAUGUACAACAAAAGAACGCACAACAGACACAGCAAACCCAACAGGAAUUUCCCACAUUUUGUUACACAACCAAUGUAAAUAUGAUAGGAAAAAUUGGCACGGGUACGACCACUGGUGCUGGUGGGGUUACGGGUGGAGUAAACAUAGCGCAAUUGACAACAAGUGAUGACAAGACAUGUUAUAUAGCUCAACCUUUCUCCUACAAUUAUGCAUUAGUUAAUCAGAUGCAAAUUGCACCGAAUGGUAUUCAAAAUACUAUAUCCAAUAUAAGCUUUAAAUGUGAUGUCUGUGGUCUGAUGUUUGGACAUUUGACUUUACUUAAUGCUCAUAAAAGAAUACAUGCCCAGGACACAGAUAACAAUAUAACUGUGGUGGCGACAGGUGUCAGUACAGCUAAUGAAGUUACAAUGCCACCACACAUACAAAUUAUAUCUUCUGACCCAGCUGACCAGACACAACAUCAAGUGCAUAUUCAAGAGACAAAACCUGUUAUAAUAGAUAAGGUCCAGAAGUGUAUAACAUGCGGAGGUCCAAUAAAUAACAAUCCUAAAAGAAAAGGUCCAAAACUUAUAAGGUGUGAAAAUUGCAUUGCACAGGAUUCUGUAGAUCAACAGAGAAAUAGUCAACUAAACUCUACACAAUUAUUGGUGUCGUCGGAUGACAAUGUAAAGUUUGAAGUGAGCGGAGUGACCACAGUGCAGGCCGACCCGCUGGACACGGCCCAGACCAACCAUCAGACACAGCAGCCACAGAAACCUUUGCCAGGACAUCAUCCUGUGAAGAAAAGAACAUUGGCAUCAGUCACGAAAUGUCAGAACUGUAACGGUUCAGGAAUAAUAUUCAUAGGCGGCAAUAAGAAUAAACAUAGUCAAGCAGAUAUGGACAAACGAUUCCACUGUAACAUAUGCGGCGGUUCCUUCUCGAGGUACUCCUCCCUCUGGUCCCACAAGAAGUUACAUUCCGGAGAGAAGAAUUUCAAAUGUGGAAUUUGUGGGAUAGCCUUUGCUAAAGCGGUUUACCUUAAAAACCAUUCUAGGAUACAUACAGGAGAAAAACCUUAUAGAUGUAGUACAUGUGGUAUGCAGUUCUCUCAAUCUCCACAUUUGAAAAAUCAUGAAAGAACACAUUCAGGAGAGAAACCUUAUGUCUGUGAGGUGUGUGACAAAGGGUUCGCGAGACACGCCACACUGUGGAAUCAUCGGCGCAUUCACACCGGCGAGAAGCCAUACAAGUGUGAUACAUGCGGCUCGGCAUUCAGCCAGGCGGCACAUCUCAAGAACCACGCCAAAGUGCACUCUGGCGAAAAGCCCUUUAAGUGCGACAUAUGCACCGCCGCCUUUGCUGACAGGUUCGCUCUCAAGAGACAUAGGGGCAUCCAUGAUAAAUAUGGUCAAACGACUCCAUUACCUUCGCGGGUGCAGCUAAACCAGCAGGAACAAGGCAAUCAGCAAACAAGCGAGUCGCAGAGCAUGCAACCCGUCGUCGAAAUAGAAAUCCGCCCAGACCAAACACUUUGAGCCUAGCACACAUUACUUACCCAUUCAAAAAUAAAGGCUAAAUAACCAUAAAUUCCACUGCACUGACACUUGCAUUAGCAAAUAUUGUCUCUAUUUACUUUGUUGAAGGAAACUAGAGAAAAUAUGUGUCAAUAUAAGUUUCACAGCAGUGGAAACCCACAUUAAUAGUGUUAUAUGGUCAAUUGUAUAUAGAAGUUGUUAAAGGGUACAUGUUACUUAAUUUGUAAUUAAUAUAAUGUGCACGGUGCAGUUGUCACUGCCAUUAUGUUUAAGUGUGAGUCACGAGCAGUGUAUUUUUUUCAAAAGUGAUCUAUAGUGUGUUAAUAAA